AUGGCAGCCCCCCGCAGCGGUCCUCCCAGCGAGGAUCUGUUUGUGACAGGUCUUCCUGUGGAUUGCACCGCUGUUCAAGCCAAACAGAUAUUUCAGCAGUAUGGUGGCGUGAAGCAGGCGAACGUUCUGCCGGUGGCAGCCGGCAAGACAGCCGCCGCAGCCUUCGUUAUCAUGGAGUCCGUGCAAGAUGCACAGUGGGUCAUUGACAAUGUCAAUGGCAACGUCCCGCAGGGCUUGUCGAGCCCAGUGACCGUGGCAUUUGCAACCCCAAGGACGCAGCGCGGAAAGGGCAUGAAGGGUGACAUGAAGGGCAUGCCGCCGGAUAUGAUGCAAAUGAUGGCGAUGAUGGUGGCUGCCAUGGGUAAAGGCGGAGGAGGAGACUUGGGCAAAGGUGGGGGGGGAGACUGGGGCAAAGGUGCAGGAGGAGGAGAUUGGGGCAAAGGUGGAGGAGGAGACUGGGGCAAAGGUGGAGGAGAUUGGGGCAAGGGUGGAGGUGACUGGGGCAAGGGCGGAGGAGACUGGGGCAAAGGUGGCGGGGAUUGGGGCGGCUAUGGCGGUGGUAUGCCCGGCAAGGGCUGGGGCGGCGGAAUGAUGUGGUGA